AUGGAAACUUGUGAAAUUUGAAUCACAAGUUGUGUUAUUGUUUAAAUAAGUAAUUAUUUUUACUAUUUAAGUAAUGGAGGUGUUUAAAUUAUUGGAAAAUGUCAAAAGUUUUAAUGAAUACGUUUCUUUAACUCAAAAGGUAGUCAAAAGUGUAGACUUAAAAUUACAAAUGUUUAGUAACUUUAACAACACUACCAUGGGUGUCGCUUUGAAAAAAGCUGGAUUACACGAAUUACAGUAUUUCAAAACUUACAAUGAAUGUGGUGCGACCAUAAUAUUAAUCAACUGGCUGCUACAAACACCAGCUUCCAGAGAAUGGAGUCAAAUUGGUAAAGAAUUGACUGACCUGAUCCAAUACCUCCUCGUCAACUGGAAGACUGACUUGGCUUUUGAUAACAAAGACUGGUGGACAUUUUUGACUAUAAUUAUCAAAAUUACUAAGGGCUUGUGUGAAAAGGACACCUUCAUUGUCAACUUAAUGCUGCAGAAGGUCGGCGAAGGUCUUCUGGAGCUGGCCACCGCCAGCCAGCCCAGCCUGGAGCAACGCCUGGCUAUCAUUCAGUGCUUCAACGUCAUCUGCCUCCAAGCUAGUCAGCUAGUGAGGAAAUCACUUACGGAUCGCUUUGAUACGUAUUUCACUCGGCUGGCGCUGUGGCUGGCGAGCUGCGGCGACGUGUGCGCGCAGUACGCGGCGCUCGAGACGCUGCUGCGGUGGACUGUGGAGCGCCAGCAGCGCGCCGCCAGAGCCGCCGCCGCCGAGCGCUGGUUCGUCGCCGCGCGCUACCCGCCCGCCGCGGUCCAAGUGUUCGUCGAGAACGAGUGGUUUCACUUCGGCAGUACUGCAAGAUAUUUUCUCAACGAGCUCAACGCAUCAAGUGACGUGGUUUCGGUUUUAUGCAGAAUGUUCUUAGCGGGGAAUGUGCCUAUUACAUCGGGCUCGCGCGAGCAGUGGUUGGACCUGAACGUAGCGACGCGGCGCCUGACGCUCAUGCUGGACCAUGCUAGCCGCCGCACGCUGCGUCUCACCAGACCGCGCACCACCAGCUGCGACGCGCUCGUCGUCGGCGAGGACAACGCCGAGCUCGCCCGCAUGUACACUGCCCCACACGGCCUGCUGUUAUGGUUCAAAGUGCUGGACCCCCUGCGGAUGUGCGGGGCGCAAGUGCUGGCGGGCUGCUGCGAGGUCAACAUCCAGAUCGGCAACAAGCAGCACGCCGACAAGCUUGACCUGGCCUUGCGCGCUAUAUACGCUAACAAGUACCAACGAAUGCCAGUCACUGCCCCUUUUCCGGUACUCGACUGUAGGGGUUCUCAGCGAAUCAUAGAUUACACAUCCGAAGAAGAGACAAGAUUUUCCAAUCCACCCCAAGUUAUACCACAAGAACAAUCAGAAUUAAAUGUCACGGCGUCGUCUACGUCAACGACAUCGCUACUGGCGGUCCAAGAAAUUGCCGGAAAUAUUUCAAAUCAUUUUGAUAAGCAACAUCCAGUUCUGAUCAAGGAACCAAAUCUGAGCAUUAUUAGUGAACAUAGUGAGGUGGAAGAUAGAGAAAAUUCCCCGAAAGCUCCUUGUCAAGUAACAGCUAACAUAGACACAACUAACAUAGUAGACCUGCUAGAGCAAGAAGCUUUACACCAUUCACGACACGAACAGACUGGCAUUCGUGACCAUAACAGUAAUGUUAUAGACAAAACAUAUUCUACAGUAGUGCCGAGAUAUAGACGAUGCGACAUCAGAGAAUAUAAUUUUAAACCAAUUGUAUGUGAGGCCACAACUGACGAGUCGAAUACGACGUUCGUAGAAAACACACCAGUAGUGCCCGCGGUGAAUAAAAAUAAAUUAGCACUGAGACGCGUGGUAAAACCAACGCAUAAGGGUAAUGAUUUAGGAGAAAACAUAUUUGAUUACAAUACAAUUGAAAAUUUUUUCAAUCAGCACUGUAAUGAAAAUGAAAAUGGCGAAUUGAUCGUCAGUCCAACACUAGCGGAAAUAUUAAACGAUUCGUCGCGAGACGAAUUAUUAACUUUCCGCUAUCCGGUGAACACGGAAGCUAUUGUAUCGACUGAAGUUGUAGAAUGUCUAAACAGCAUCAUUGAUGACGUAUGCAGAGACUUAGAACAAUUAAAAGAAGUCACAAAGUCGACGGUGGCAAACACGAAAAAUUUAAAAAAGAGCACUAAAAAAAGGAAGCCACAAGUGAUUAAAUUAAAAUUUAUGAACACCAGAACGAAAAAUGUUCCCAAAAAAAACUCUAACUCUGGUUUAGUAUCCAGAAAACAAAACAAUUCAAAUAUACCGCCCGAAAAACAAUCAACUGGUCAUAAAUUAUCGAGUCCUACAAUUAAAAGAAAACGUAAAUUAUACUCAAAAAGCGACGAUUUUGUCAAUGCAAAUAAAGAUUUAUACGUGUCAGAAACUGAAGAUGACAGUCUUUUGAUACAGCGGGAAGCUUUAACGCGUGCAGUUACUCCCUAUAAAGAAAUGGAGCGACCACGUAGAGUUGCAGCUACGCGAAAUUUACUGAAUACAAAAAACAGAUAUGACUCACAAAAAAAAUUAGACCAGGAUAUUUUGUUUGAUCGAGUAAUAAAAACCAUUGACAAUCCUGACGUUGUAUUGGCUGACAAAAAAGAUAUGGAUAGAGGUGCCGUGUACAAUUUUAGUAGCGACGAGGAUGGCGAGUUUAAAAAGAAGCCAGUUCCUCGCAAAACGGCAAAGAAAUCGCGCACGGUUAAAUCUAAAACCACCGCCAAAACAAAGGUUGAUAGAAUGCGUACGACACGUUCUGCAUCUAAAAAAACGGUUACAAAAUCAGCGAUGUCACCAGUGACGGAUAUGAUCGAUGAGCGUAUUAGAGAAGGCCCUACUGAACCACUAAACACGUCAUUUUCGUCUCGUCAAAACGUACCCGUAGUCACUAGUGACGACAAACCUGGGCAUAAAAGACCCAGAAUGGAAACGAUUGGAGAUGACUCCCAACCCGUAAAGAAGACAAACAGAGAGAAGACCAAUAAGAAGGGCAAGCCAAACGUUAGUAGAACUAACAGCUCCAAAACGGACAGUCCACUAAGAGCGCUUCAAGUCGAAACAGUGCGUAAGGUGGUCGAAUUAGAUAGAUCCAUUGAAAUAAUUGAAAAAAUGGAUGAAGGCUUGGACAUGUUAGAUUUGAUAGAAAACCCACCGGAGGAGGUCGAUGGUACAGCGAAUAUCAGUCGUAUAUCAAUAAAUACGCCAGUCACUGAAAUAGAUAGGUCAAUAAGCAGUAUCGAUCGAUCGCCCUAUAAAACCUUAGUUGUAUUAGACAGACUUGAUAUUCACGAUUUUCCAUAUCAGUCCGAUAAAGAUAGUGGCCGGCGCACUCACAGUUCUAAUUCACAUACAAAAAGUGAUAUUUAUGCAAAGCAAUGCGGAACAUUUAGCAGAACAGAGAUGCAGCCUGCAGUAGUGUGUACUAAACUAUCUAAACAAGAAAUAGACAAAUACUUAGCACGCAAGAAGAUUUCCGAUAAACGUACAAGUCUUACAAGUCCACAUAGUCGCGAAAUCCGUAAGAAAGCCAAUCGUAAAACGUUAAUAUCGCCCAUAUCUCUUGACUUGGAUGUACGUAAAUCUGUCACACUAGAGAAAGAGUUAGAGGAAGAUUGUUUGACAUCAGAGAGAAAUUUAACCAGACAUGAGUUGUUGAAGUACGGUGUCACCAGUGAGAAAAAUAGCUUCUCGGGGCUAAUCUCCAGUAAAGGGAAGAGCGUCGAUCGAGUGUUAAGGUCUGAGAGAAAUUUAAACAGACAUGAGUUGCGGAAGUACGUUGUCACCAGUGAGCAAAAUAGUUUCUCGGCGCUAAACUCCAGUAAAGGGAAGAGCGUCGAUCGAGUGUUAAGGUCUGAGACAAAUUUAAACAGACAUGAGUUGCGGAAGUACGGUGUCACCAGUGAGCAAAAUAGUUUCUCGGCGCAAAACUCCAGUAAAGGGAGGAGCGUUGAUCGAGUGUUAAGGUCUACGGCCACUAAGCGACAACACGACGAUAUACAUACAGCGUCAAGUGAUGAUGUCUCCCCUAAGUCAAGAGUCGAGAGUUGGCUCAACGACAAUCAUCCUAGACACUCUGAAUAUGCUGCCCUUAAAGAAAUCGUGUCACCAAAUUUUAAAAAAUUGGACACUAUUUUAAGAAAUCAGAUUAUGAACAAAGUGUUAAUGAAAAUGCGAGAGGAUAUAAAAACGGAUUUUAAUAAAUUAAAGUUGUCCAUUCAGCAGCGCACAAGACAAAAAGAAGUCGAAAUAUAUGAGAUUUUUGCUGAAUUAAAUAAAUCGAACCAAGAAGAUAUGAAUAACUUAUGUAAGAAGAUAGAUACCAAAAUAACGAGAGUCCUCUGUAUGGAAAACGAAAAAAUGGCCGAUUUGAUCACAAUGAAAGAAACAAUCCUGAAUGAUCUUCAGCAGGCCGGCUUCCCUUGACAAUUAAACGCACACUAUUAAAAUAUCAAGUAUAGUCGGAUGCAAUCUUUGUGAUAUCUGAAAUAAGCUGCUGGUGAGGGUGUCGCUACGAGCGGGUCAUAGACUCCGCGCCACGAAAGAAGUCCCGAGCAUUGAUUGACCUCUUAUAAUAAAAGGCCGCACAAUCAUGUAGAAAAUUUCACUUAAAAACUGGCCAAUUUUGCUUUGACAGUUUAAGAAUUAUUGGUAAAAAAAAUUACACGUAAAGGCCUAUAAAUAUAGUCCAAUAUUCAAUAAAAUCCCAAAUUCAGAGCAAAUUCAACCUUAAUGUUUGAGUUUAAAGUUGAAUUUGCGAAUGCGACUACUUGAAUUGAGUGCCAAAAAGUUGUGUAUGGCACUCAUUGAGUGGGGACGUUUUUUGGUCGCUGAUCUAUUUUUUAAUAGGAAAUCGAUGGUCCCGAAGCUAAAACCUGAACUAAAAUUGACAGCGCCUUACACAAAUGAUAAUAAGACCGCCAUUACCAAUUGACAAUGAGCGCCAUUAAGACAUUAGCGCCGCGUCUACGGGACUUAUUUCGUGGCGCGGAGUAUACUUAAGUACGCUAAAAUCAAGACGCGCGAGUCGACUUCGUGUGGGGGUGAUGCCCUGCCGCCGCGGCCCUCCGUAACCGCUUAUACCUAAACCUAACGCACGAUGUCACAAAUAUUGCAUCCAACUAUACCAAUGUAAUUUUUGUAUAAUAUGCAACAUAAAAUGAAAAUUAUUUCCUUUUCUGUAAAGUUAAGUAUAAGUUAGUUUAGGUUUCUUUGAUUUAUGUUAGCAAAAAAAAAAUUAAAUUUAUUUUUUCUAGACGCUGGUGACGUCUGGUUUAUUGGUGCAUGAACGCAACCCACCAUAAAUAUUAGUCUUGUUAUAGUCAUGGUUUUUUUUUUGUAUUUAUUAUAGUAGGGGAGCCCGUGAUGAUAUAUUUGAAGUUACUAAUGCAAUGCAUAAUGGGGACAAAUUUAGGGAUGAUUUAAAAUUACUAAUGCAAUGCAUAAUCAUGGGGACCAAUUUAGGGUUGAUUUAAAAUUACUAAUGCAAAGCAUAAUCAUGGGGACCAAUUUAGAUUUUGUCGAUUAGAUGAUAGGCAUUAAAUUGUUAUAUACUUUUUUUCACUUUCAGCGGUGGGAAAAGAAUCUACAGACUUAGUGACAGAAAUCUUUACCUUUUCGAAAUGCACACCUUUUAGCUAUUAGCAAACUUACCUUACCUGACGUGCUGGUUCAGUAUUUUUUUUGUUUGCCUACAUACCCACUAACAUUAAGGUUCAUGCUCAUUAAGGGCAGACAUACUUGGUGGGGAUACUCAACAACGUGCAAGCUAUACUACCUUAUGUUCAUCUGCCGCGCUUGAGUGAAUCCAAUAAUCCUCUCUUCGGCUCCCCUACUAUAAUUGACAUUACAAAUUACAUUCAUUGAUUAAUUUAUAUAUUAUUAAAUUAUUAAACAUGUUAAAUAAAAUUAAAGUUUGGAAAUUUUUAUGUUCUACAGGUAUAUAUGAAUCCAUAUAUAAACCUUCACCGACCUGUCUACUGGAUGAAAAGUAUUAUUUUUAUAUCAAAUUAAAUAUAUUGCCAAUUAAUCUCAUAAAUGAAUACACAAAACAAGCAUUUUUCGGUCCUCAGGAACAGCUUCGAGUUUGACGAUUAUUUUGUUUUAUUAAUAUUAUUUUAAAUCAAAAACCUUUUGGAGUGGGGACGGAAUGAUUUCAAAUAAUAACAAAAUAUUUAACGCAACCCAUUAGCAAUGUAUUUAUUGAAAUAAUAUUUGAUAUUAAAAUACUUUUCACCCAAUAAACAGAUUAGUGAACUGUGAACGUCUUAUUCGGAUCCUCUAAUAUUUAGUACUUUAAGUUUCUUUAUUACAAUAUACUAAAAAUAAAUUAUAAGAUAAUAAAGAUCUCUUAAAGAUAUAAAUAAAUAAAAAUACUUUAAAUUGUA